GUAUUCUCAAAAAUGGAACAAUCAAUUAAAGUUCAACCCACUGCAAAUACCGUUUUGGAUGCCGCUCCAACUGUGGCUGCUCCCGGCAAAAGCAAUUGCCUAAUGCAAGUUGCUCACAUUCAUAGGCUGCGCGAUUCGGAGGCUAACUAUGACACACAUCAAUAUAACUUACAAAUGCAAGUGUUGAGGAAUCGCGAAGGCUUGAAUGCCCCACUGAAAAUGGGUAUGGAGUUGCAUGCUGCCCGUCAAAUUGGUCGUUUGCCAUUUUUGCAGUCAAGCCGCAUGAUGGAAGAUGUUUUAUUGGGCCGUGACGAAAUGAUCACAUUCCCCGACUUUUUGGGUGUACCAGAAAAUUUCGAAUUCAUUCGUCAACCUCAUGUUGUCAUGGAAAAAUCUUUAGGAAUUUACUAAACAUCUAUUAUCCAAAUUACAUUAAAUGUACAAUGGAAACUAUAU